GCCGAAAAUUUGUUGGGUUAAUUUGGUGGGGAGGAUGCUAUGUGUAUCUUUUGUAAGGAAGAAAUAGAAUGCAUUGAUAAUGCUAUGGUGAAGCGCAAGAAGAUUAAGAGGAUACAGAUGGAUGUGUGUAGGUAGUGGGGGGUGGAUUUUGUGUAUACCAAAUUCAGUUAGGGAAAUUAUGUUUGCAGAUUGUGUAUGGGAAGCGUGGGAAAAAGUAAAGAGAUAUGUUUGGUUGUGGAGGAAUGGUCAAAUAUUUCAGGAAGUGCAGAUGCAAUCGAUGGAUUGAAUUGAUGCAAAUGAAGUCUUUUUACUUGGUUCAAAAGGAGAGCAAAAGGAUGUAGCAAUCCAUUUAAGGAAUGGUGUGACAGCCCAUGACUUUGUGUUAGAGAAUGGUUAGGGGGGAGGAAUUGGUAGGUAUAAGGUGGGCAUUGAUGAGUAUUUUUUUUCCCUAAUAAUAUCCCUUCUGAUUUAUUAUUUAAAUCUUUUCUGUCUUCUCAUUUUCAUAAUUCAGCAUAUCAGAGCAUUGAUGAGAGAAAUCAACAUACUUGGUUUUUUUUCCUUUUGCAGUGUCUACUAUCAACAACGAAAUGCAAACUCUAGAGCAGGCAAACCCUCCAGAGUGCCAAUUCAAGCCACCUAGUGGGGGAUGUCCUUCUGCUGUACGGUGUUUAUCGAAUUGCAAAAAGUGCCUGAGGGGUUAUGCUCCUAGAAGGUGGGGAUGUCACUUUAAACCUAGCACUCAAAGCUAUGAAUGCCUUUGCUCCAGAAGCUAAGUUCGACACCUAGUGAGCAUGGUAGCUACUCCAUUUGUGGUGUUGAUGAGGUAAUCUGUUUUUAUUUUUUGAUAUAUAGAAGUGCUUGAUAAUCUUCUCUCGUUUGUAGGCCAAAAGAAAGCUCGCUGCGCUGCAUGAAGGUCUCUUCUAUUCUAUACAAAAGAGCAUUUUUAUGCCAAUGAACAAUUGCUGGGUUUUCCUUGCACAUCCUACUGAUGCUCAUGCUCUGAGUUCUCCUAUUUUGGAUUGCAGGGAUCUUCUACGGCGGAUUCCACACGGGGAGGUUGUCCGUGUUGUUCGCCAAAUGGCCAGAAUGGGACAUGCUCUUUCUCAGGAUUUUGCGGUGUUUCCUUUUUGUCCCACGAGCAAGAAAGUUCUCUAUUUUGGAUCUAAUGGUGUUACUUGGAUGUGUUUUUAUGGUUUAGACUGGGUUUGGACCCAAUCCAUGAUACCUUGAUUUUAAUGAAUUACGGACUAAAUAUGUUCACAAUUGAAAGGUCAAGGACUAAAAUUGAAAUUUAACCGUCUCCUGAUGCCUACCAAUUAUGUUACUCUGUAUGAGUGCACCAUGCUUCGCAGUUUUUGUUAAAAUAUUCUUGACCAACGGAGAAACAGAAAGCCAUUUUAUGCUUUUUAACAGUGUUAAUUAAGGAUGUAGUAUUUGCUCUGCUUGCUGGUUGUAGGGAGGUAUUUGGCUUGAUUUUUCUCACCAUGUUAGGCGAUUAAAAUUUGAAAGAAUCG